AUGGAGCAGAAUCCGAACAUGAUGCCAAACGGCAUGCAGAUGCAGAACAUCAACAGCAUGCAGCGGCCGCAGCGUGGAAAUCAGAUGCAGCAGUUGUAUGCCAAAGUGCUCGACGAUCUCAAGCGACAGCAGCCUACACCGCAAGGCUGGCAGACAACCUUCGACAUUGGUCAUCGUGCUGCCCAGAUCUUUCAGAUCAUUUCUCAGUUGAAAAUCCUCGAGCCCGACAUCAGUCGUUGCGUGAGCAUCGCGGAGAAUUACGAGGAGAGAACAAUCAGAGAGGCUCCAAGCAAGGAAGCCUACCACGCGAGCAUCCAAGAGAAGCUUAAAGAAAUCCAGAGGAAGCGUGAGGAGGCCGUACGAAACAACAUGCAGAACGGACAGCUGGGCCCUCCCAUGGGCAUGAACGGCAACAUGCUCAUGCAGAACAACAUGGGCAACCAGAACCCAAACAUGAACAUGAUGCAGAACCCGGGCAUGAACGGCAUGGGCAUGAACAUGAGUGGCAACAUGAACUUCAACCAAGGAAACGGGCAGAUGGGCAUGAAUGGAAUGCAGCAGAACCAGAACUUCCCGACCCAGCUUCAGAGGCAGAUGCAGCCUUCGCCACUGCCACAACAUCUCCAAGGCCAACCCCAGAACGACAUUGUGGAUCCUGCAGCUCUACGACAGAUGCAGUCCCAAAUGCCAAACAUGAACCCGCAAGCGUCCAACAUGAAUCAGAAUGGGCAGAAUCAGCCCAUACAGCCGACUCAGGAAGAAGUCAGGACAAAAGCCAGGGCCAUUUUUGCAGGCUUGACCGAGGAACGCAAAAACCAGCUUCGCCAGGAGGUGUUGCGAAACAUGAGUGAGCAGCAAAAACUGAAUUUGCAGCACAAUAACCAAGACCCCCUCCACAACGCCAUACUUCGCAGAGCGAGGGACAUGGUCUUCAAAGAGAAGAACGGCUUGGCUCCUCCACCAGGCCAGCAGAGCGGCAACGGUAUGCCGAUGCAGAACCCUAUGCAAGGCAGUAUGAGCAUGGCUGCGAACAACUUGCAGCAAACUUCACAGCCGGACUUCUCGACCAUCACCGGCCUGCAAGCAAACGCAAUCAGAUCUCAGGAGUCUGGUGGCGAGGUUGUGCCGGCGAGUAAUCAUCAAAGCUUCAACAUGGGCGGUCAGGCAAACAUGAACCAAGGCGUGAACCCGCAGAUGCUGGGGAACCCGAAUGGUCAGCCCAACAACAACGCGAACAUGCAGCAGAUGAAGAUGGCUCAGCAGAUGCAACGACAGCAACAACAGCAGUUGCAGAACAAUCAGAAUCAUCUCGCGCGACAGCAAGCCUUGGCGCAGCAAGCGCAAGCGCAGAACCAUCUCCGCGGGCAGCCUGGUGGACUCAGUACCCCGAAUGCACUCAACGGCGGCCAGGUCAACAGUCCUGCGAUGAACAUGAGCAUGCUCAACCGGCCGAUGGUGCCACCGGGGCAGACCACGCCCUCCACACCCCAGCAAAACCGGCCGAACCAAGGCAUGUCACAGACGCCAAUGAAUGGCGCCAGCCAGCUUGCUCAGCACCAUCAGGCCAUGCUGAAUCAGAACCAGAAUCAGGGCCAGGGUCAAAACCAGAACAACCAGCAGCUGCAGGCUAAAGACGUUGAGCGCCUGCUCUCAGAAGUUCCGCCACGACUCCGUGAUACCAUAAAAUCGGCCCCUCCUGCUCAGAUACCGGCUAUUCUGUCACACAUCAUGAGUCAGCAGCAGCAACAACAACAACAACAAGGGGGAAAUCAGAACCAGAACACGAUGAACCCUUUCCAUCCUCAGCCUCCGGGUGGCCUCCAGAUGGGCAACUCUCAAACCAUGGGAAACGGUGCCCCGCCGAACAUGGGCAACGCCAUCCCGAAUUUCAUGUCGCAGCCUCCGCCAAACCAACAGCAACAGCAACGGCCGAACCAGGAGCCAUUCACUUUCCAGAAGAUGGAGGCCCAUCAAGCCGCUCAGGUGAAGCAGCGCGCCAUGGACAUGCACUCUUUCCCAAAGCACAUCCUGCAACAGAUGGCCAUGCAGGUCGGCCCGGAGAUUGACACCUGGGGGAAGCUGAAGAGCUAUGUGAUGUCGAAUCAGAGCGUGCUGCCGCCAAACACCAUGGACAAAUUGAAUAACACGCAACACAACUGGUUUGACACCCAUCCCGAGGACAUGCAAAAUGCACAUCAGGACUUUCAGCGGCGGUGGCACUUGAUGCAGCAGAGGCAGCAGCUACAACAGCGACAGCACCAUCAGCAGCAACAGCAGCAGCAGAAUAUGCAAACCUCCCAGCCCCCGUCCUCAAUGCCGAUGCAGACUGGCCCAGCUCCUCCGGCGCAGAUGGUCCCGCCCGUCGCACCCAUGCAGCAACCACUCAACCAGAAUCCGAACAUGCCUGGUUCGAAUAUGCCUGGUCCAAAUAUGGGCCAAGGCCAGAUGCGGCCUCCGCAGAUGCAACAUGCACCUACAGACGAGGAAGUCAAGCAGUUCCGGGCGCGCGUGCCCCAAGCACAAGGACAGUCUGACGAUCACGUCAGGCAGAUGAUGGUCAUUGUCCGCCGGCGGAACUAUCUUCAAAACGCUCAGAUGCGAAGUGCAGGCCUCGCGAACAACGCCGGUCCAGCGGGCAAUGCUCCCCAGGCAGACCAGCAGCAACCUGCGCGUGCCCAACAAGGCCAGAAACAGCAAGGCCAAGCCGAGGGUCAAGGUCAGGGUCAGGGUCAAAAGCGGCCGCAAUCGAGUAGUGACGAUAUUAUCGAGAUCAAGAAUCCGUCGGCACCGCCAGCGAACAACGCACCCAAGCCACCGCCUAUGCAGCAGACUGGCUCACAGCAAAUGAAUCCGGUGCAGAUGUUCGGUCGGCCUCUGACGCAGGAGCAACUGAACAACAUGACGCCUCAGCAGCGUCAGAGCUACCAGCUGCGUUUGAGCCAGGUCGAGGCGAUUCGUCGUGCGCAAAGCACCGCUGCGAAUGGUCAAGCGAAUGCGAACCAACCCGCUCCUCCUCAACCACCGCCAGCGCCACAGCAGCAGCAGCAGGCCGCUCAGGCUCAGCUCCAAGCGCCAGGUCCAGACCAGGCACAAUUCCGCCAGCAGACUGAGCAGAAGGUCAAAGAGAUGUGGAUGAACGUCUACAGGAACACACCAAAGGGCCCGGCGGUGCAGAUCAGCCCACCGGAACUCGAGCAGGCCCAGGCGAUCUUGAAGAAGCUAUACCCGUUGAUGACUAGGAUUGCAUCAACGUUCCCAGCCGCGCUCAAUCUACCGACCCUAGGAGAGAAACGUCUUCUGCAGAUGAUGAAGAUCAGGGCGCAGAUCCAGCACAACACCGCAGAUGCGAGCGGGAAGAUCAAGGACUACCUGUCCCUCUCUCUGCCGGAGUUGCAGCAGAUGCAGCAAUGGACCAUGGCCUAUUUCGCGCAGAUGACGUCCUGGCAGAAGAGCAGGCAGCAGCAGCCACAGGUCGGAGGGAAUGGUGCGCAGGCACAGCAGGCGCAGCCGCAACCACAAGCACCGCCCCCUGUCAAGCAAGAGCCCGCGCCGCAAGCGCCGCCGCUCAAUCGGAAGAUCUCGCAGACGGGACACGGCAGAAAGCAGUCUUCGAGCACGAAAGCGCCACCCGCGCCAACGGACGAGAAGAAGUUCGACUGGGGCGCGCCGAGCCCGCACGGGAUCCCCAAGUACGAGGCCGGACGCACCGAGCUCACGCCCGACAAGCUAAAGAUCCCGCCGCCGAAGCGGCGCAAGACGGGACAGAGCGAGAGCCAGACUUCGACUCCCGCGGCGCAGACGGGAACGCCUGGCGGAACGGCCGGGAGUCCCGGUGUGCCUGCUGCAGCGAAGGCGCCGACGCCGGAGCAGGUGAGGAGGAUGCAGAUGCAGCAGGCGCAGGCGAAGCCCGUGGAGCCUGUGCGGCCGAGGUUUAGGUGUGAGGAUGCGCUGUGUGAGAGGUCGAUUGGGGGGUUUGAGAGCGAGGAGGCGCUGAAGCGGCAUCGGGAGGAGGAGCACCGGCCGAUUGAGGAUCCGUUCCAGUUCUUGAUGGAUUUGACGGAGGAGGUUGGAGAGGUGGAGAAGGAGGAUCCAAUUCAGGCGAGGAAUAAGGCUGCUGUGUCCGACACCAAAGCAAAACCGACUCCAGCGCCCAACGCCCGCGCUGCGUCUAAGGCGCCCUCGACACCCCUGCCUAAACAACCCAAAUCGGCCGAACCCGCCCCCACAACAGCAGCAGCCAAAUCGCCCUCCCUCCUCGACACAAUGGUCUCCAAACUCUCCUUCCCCCUCCCCCCAACCACGCCGUCCCCCACCAACCCCACCACCGACGACUUCCCACCCCUCCUCUUCAACCCCUCCUCCCCUUACGCCUCCAAUUCCUGGGACGACUUCGCGGCCGUCACGAACUGGAACCUCCCCCGCCAGGCGGAGGCGGAAGCGGAGCUCACGCCUUCCUCGGUGGACUCGCAGAGUUCGCGGGAGAGCGAUGUCAGUGAGUCCGCGAGGUUGAAGGUGAAUUUGCAGUGGGAUGCUUUUGGGGACGGGGACACGGGGGUGCCGGAGUGGAUGGUUGGAGAGGAGGGACUAGGGGGGUUGGGGUUCGGGGAAGGGGAGGAGAUGGAUUGGAGGGCCGAUGAGGGGGGAGUGGAUUGGGGGAUGGUGUUUGGGGAUGGGGGGGGGUGA